CUGUCAGAUAACUUCCUCAGAGGAAACGCGAGCGGCUUAGCUCCGGACUUCCUGUGUAAUGCUCGCCUGUUGACUGGUGGAGAGGAAUGAGGUCCUCGGAAGAUAACAAAACCACCCAAUGAAACCGGAAUAAAAGUUCACUCAAAAUGAGCUGGAUUCCCUUCAAGAUUGGACAACCAAAGAAGCAGAUUGUCUCUAAAACCGUUGAAAGAGACUUUGAGCGAGAAUAUGACAAACUCCAAAAGCUGGAGGAUCAGACGAAAAAGCUUCACAAGGACAUGAAGAAAAGCACUGAGGCUGAUUUAGCCAUGUCCAAAGCAGCUGUGAAGAUCUCUGCAGACCUGCUGAGUAACCCGUUGUGUGAACAGGACCAGGCCUUCCUGGAGUCCAUGACUGCUUUAGAUACGGCCAUGAAAAGGAUGGACUCCUUCAACCAGGAGAAGGUCAACCAGAUCCAGAAGACUGUUAUCGACCCUCUAAAAAAGUACAGUGGCGUCUUCCCCAGCCUCAACAUGGCAGUGAAACGCCGGGAACAGGCGCUGCAGGACUACAAACGGUUGCAAUCCAAAGUGGAAAAGUAUGAAGAGAAAGAAAAAACGGGGCCCGUUAUGGUCAAACUACAUCAGGCCAGAGAGGAGCUCCGACCGGUCAAGGAUGACUUUGAGGCCAAGAAUAAGCAGCUGCUGGAUGAGAUGCCCAAGUUCUACCACAGCCGCAUCGACUACUUCCAGCCCAGCUUUGAGGCUCUCAUCAGGGCGCAGGUGGUCUAUUUCACCGAAAUGCACAAGAUCUUCAGCGAGUUAACAGAUCAGAUUGACCAGGCAGGGUUGACUGAUGAGCAGAGGAAGAGGGAGACCGAGGCCAAGCUCAACGAGUUGCGUGCUCUGUCCAUUGUCGCCGAUGACUGAGGGAGGAAAGCCGAAAACCGGGAAGGUCUCCUUUCAUGCGUCUCUGAAUGGAUUGCACUCUUUUCAGGACAGCAAUGGCCUUAACCUGAUUAUCAGCUUGUUUCCUUGCGGCCCCAUCAACCCCCCAUUCCUCUUGCACUACACUCCCAUGUCUCAUUCUCAGACUCUCUGCAACCCAAAGCAGCUGAAAUGCCACAUUAACUAAGCCAUGAGCCAAGUGCAACAUUAUAAGCCAAUAUGUUGUUGUUUUUUUAGUAAAGGAAUCAAACCGUUUUCGUCAGAACCAAUUAACAGGGUUACACUUCUUGGUUUCAAAGAUUGUCUAUAAGCAUUUGUUUCUAAAGUAGGAAAUGAGUGAGGAAAUGUUUUUAUUAGUCACAUCUGCUGUGUUACCAACAAUCUGUGAAAUAUAGUUUUUAUUACCCAACUUUGAAAUAUCAAACACCACAGACUGAAUGUUAUUUAACGUACUGCAGGUUAGCAGCAUGAAAAUGUAUUUCUGUAUUUUGGCCUAUGCUGGUUAUAUGUACGUUUAGCUCUGUGCCAUGUCGUAUGAGGGCUUUUUAUUGGGGUUUACAGGAUGAUAUUGGUAACAUCGCCUGUACAUAAUGUGCCUACAUUGUCCUGACUGUGGAUGUAACAUGAAAACUAACUUGUGUGAAGUGAGAUUGUGCCUUUGCAGCUGUGUUGAAAGGUCGACCUCUCAGGCUCCGGCGAGAACAUGUUGCUGUUGGAAGUCGAAUUUCUGUCCAAAACAAAGGCUGGUGCUCCCUCUAGUGGAAAAUACUGACCAUGACACACUAUUUUACUUUUAUUCACACCAUCCAUCAUUUGUUCUAUUGUUGUGGUUUGUUAGCAAAGAAGCUCACACAUUGUUGGUACUCUAGAGAAAGUCCUUUUCUCUGUACUCUACACCAGGGUUGUGGAAUUUUAAAAUUUUGGACCAAAUCAUACUGUCAUUGCACUCCUUUGUUUCCACCUUUAUCAGGUUCUGCCUCAGUAUGAUGAACACACCCAGGUAAUGGGGCUACACAGUAAUGUACAUACACUGAUCGCUCUGAUAUCAUGUCAGUGGGUGAUUUUGAGGUGUCACACCAAGAAGUUAACUAUUUAUUGUUUGAAAGACAUGUUUUGAUUUUGAAAUUAAGAAUUUGCUUCAGCCAUUUUCAGUUGAUUGCCUGUCUUUGUGUUCUGCAACGCAGACUGUUUGAGUUACUCAUGAAUAACUGUAUUAAUGAAGGUGUUUUUCUAAAUGAUGAAGAAUUAAGUUGUAGGUUGUUGUUUUUUAACACUAAGUGAAUACUUUAACAUUAGAGUUGGUUUUAUUUAGGUUUUUUAAUGUAUAAUACCACAAUCUGUUAAAUGACUGUUUCUCAGUUGUCAUCUCAAUUCAUAAUUAAUCAUGCAAUAAAUGAACAGUGGAAAAAGCAA